AGAUAUCAAGCUGCGACAAGCGAGCAGGUGGUACGUACGGCAGGUAGUACGGGCAGCACAAGUGGUGCGUGCACGUUGCGUUCAGGGCGGCGCCGUAACCCGCAAUAUUUCUUUCGGGUUUCGCCGCACGCACACAGCGAUGGUCGACGAACCGAGCCGUAGUUUCAAGGUUGUUUUAUCCAUGCAGCGCGAAGGAAACAACCACGGGGACGUUCAUUACAAGGUGGAUGGAGCCCGCUUCGGAACUGAGAGCACAAUUAAACUGAACGUUGAAACAUCCUAUACGCUAACAUUGUGCUUUAGACCAGCACAAACAUUAGAGAGCAUCUCACUCAUGGGAUCACGAUACUCUCCCAAGGAGAAAUCGCGGGACCACAGCUCUUCGACGUACUGUAUCACAUGGUCGAGCCUUGGUGUGGGUGUCACAAAGAACGGGAAGCGGGAUAAAAUCCCGCUUGCAUUACAGAUUCUUGAUGUUGGCGAGCUCAUGGUUAACUUGCAAGUCAAGUUCUACAAGGAAAAGGACACGGAACAUGUUACCUGGGGUAACGCCCUGCACCAGAUUGACCUUGAUUGUGAAGUGAGUCGCUCGUCGGGGAGCCUAGUGGUCAACAAGCAAAGCUUUCGGUAAUUGUCCACAAGCACAUGCAAAUUUCGAUUUUGCAGAGGCUUGGAAGCACACUUGGCCAGCAAUCUGUUGUUUGACUGACCAGCCUGUAAAACAUCUAAGGCCUGUGCUAAUGCCAGAUUGCUGCAGGUGAUGACGAGCACGUCGUUGCCUAUCGGUCAUGCAUGCCUGCCGUUUACUCAUUACUUGGCAUUGCAGCACAACAUGUCAUCUUGGCAUACAUGGUUCAUGAGCUCUGGCCCUUUUGACAACUUUUACGCGGAACGAGUGCUGAAUGCAUGUUAGAUGGUUGGGCCACCUUUCCCCAGCCUUUCAAAGAGCUCUGCCCUUGCUACAUUGCCAAUUUAGGUGGGACACAAGGGAACAUGUUUUGAAUGGCAAGUUUAUCAUGUCUGCAGUUCGUGCUAGAAGUGUCUCGCUGUACUCGUUCCACCUUCUUUUGUACCUGUGGCUUGUUUUCGUGAUUUGCGCUGAUGAUGUGUCAUUGAGGUGAUUUACUCAGUGCUCUGUCCUUUUUGCCUGGGGUGGUAGGUGUAUAGGUUACCCUUGGAAUGAUCUGCGAGCUCUGUGAGGUCAUGUUUGGGAACAUUUUUAAGUAAGUGGUUGGAGACCACCUUGCUGAAAGGGGUCAUUUGUCUUUAUAUUGAUAUGUGUGCUCCUAUCCUUCUCAUGUAUGGUGAUCAAGUUGUUUUUGAUAGAUGCAUUCAUUUGGGAUAGUCAUGAAGUUGGCAUUUUGAGUAAUUUGCACUUAAUAAGCAGUUUUACAUUGCAAGUUUCAAGCAAUAGUUGCUAACGGUUGGUAAAUUUAAGUUAGCUGUUUAAGUAGCUGGAAAUAUUGCAGAACAUAUGAAGCUGCAAAAUAGAAAAAGUGGAGACCCUUCUUUUAUCUGACCUUUGUUCAGCACUUGUUAUAUAAGGUGCAUUUUUAUUUUGGACGGUAUCGUUGACAAUGUUUUGUUUGCCUUGAUUGCAUUGAGUACACUAUUGUAUCAUCUUUACUACCUUGCAUACGUCUGCAUAAAUCUUAGUGUUAACAGUACAUUUACAGGGGGUUGUUAGAUCUCCUAUCUCUGGUUUUUGGGGCGCCUAGUUAAGGUUACUGUGAAAUAUCUAGUCAAAUAACUUCAUCACACUGGUGACACCUUACCAUGAGCUGACAAACUCAAACAUAGAGGUGCACAUUUUUCUAGCCGUUGAGACAAAAGGUCACAGUAGUUAACCAGUGAGUGCCUUGAAAGACAUCACUUUCAUUGUCCACAUCUGCACUGCCUUGCCGUUUAUAGCAAGGGAGCAUAUCGUCAGUGAUCGCAAGUUUUAGUUCCUCACUCGAUUGCCAAUGGUUGCAUCAUGAGACAAGCCUGCUCUUGACUGGAAGCAUCAUGAAAAAGUGUUUGUUGCAAUUUUUGCAUUGAGAUUGCUGUAGUUGCUGCCAAUUUCAGUUUUUCAGUGUUGCAAAAGGCUGCUUUGAAAACCGUGCUGUCUCCUUGAGUUUUGAGCAAAUUGUGCAUGCAGUCUACCCUGACACUGUAUAAGGGCUCAAUGCUUGAUUGAUUGCACUUAUUUGCAGCUAUAGUUAUGUCGUGAUCAUCGUGGAGCGAAAUGCUUGUGAGGAGAAAACCCUGAUAGGUGUUCAGUGCGGGCUGGCAGAUGAGUAACGCUAUGUGAAGAACAGUGUGGAGUGAUGGCAUGGAAGGGAGACGGGUGACACCUGGUGAAGAUGAAUGAGCGACAUGAUCACCUGUCAUGGCUAAAGCCACUCCAUAUCGUUUUCUGUUGACUAAGUAUUGCCAACCUGUCCUGCUCGUUGCCACUUUGCCCUCACUCUUGUCAAAUUCUGGUGCAAAAUGGAAGUGCUGCUAUGUUAUUCCUGAUGUUUGAAAUGUGAAAGGCAGAGGAGGCAGGCUCAUGUCUCACACAGAAGCGGCUCGAGGAAUGAAUUGUAAGGUGGUGGCCACAGAUUAAAGAAUGGCACUACUUAGUAAAGCUACUGGGUCUAUCUUAGAACGACAGAAAGCUGAGCUAGUUGGUAAGGAUUCAGUAUGCAAAAAAGGUGAGGCGUGCAGACAAAACGCAAGAGAA